GCCGCAAUAUGGGCCGUAUCAGUCCUCCGCUCGCGAGUCCAGUCUCCCGCCGCACACGAGGCGGCAGUGGCAGGGCGGCCAGACCUUUAGAGCAGGUCCUCCUGUCCUGGACCCCAGGUGCACCCAGCAACCUGACCCUGAGGCCCUCCAGCCAGCCGGAUGGCAGCGCAUUGCUCGGCUGGUGGAUGGGCUUCAAUAACGCCAACAUCACGGAAAGUAGCUCUGGAACCACGUUCACCCAGGUCCCUCAUACCGCCUCCAUACCGCCCACUCCAGCCACGACCACGUCUUCCUUCGCCACUCUGGAUCACGUAAAGCAUCUUGCCAUCACAGCCCCCAUCAAGGUCGUUCCGGGAAUCCGCAAGCUGGUCUACUCGACCCAAAUCAGCGCCAAGGUAACCGUUCCCAGCACCGUGCCGUACAAUGUGGUCAACGCUCAGGAUGACAUGCGACUGGGAGCCUGCGCUAUGAACUUCAUCGACUUUGGUACGAUGCUGGUCUCUGACUUCAUCAUCACCAACAAGGGCAUCUGGUCCUUGUAUGAGCGCCUACCGUUCAUCCGUAAUGCUUCGUACGAAUACGGGGCUUUUACGUAUGCACGGAAGAUCGCCGGUCGUACAAGUCCCUCGCAGGUUCAUGACCUCCAGAUCAAGUACGACCCGAGUAAGAAUGUGUACGAGUGGUGGGUGGACGGCAAAAUGAAGCAUUCGGUCGGUCGUCUGGGCACCCGGCCAAGCGGAAUGAGGGCCUUGCUUGAUCUCGGGGGUGCGGAUGAGGUCAUCAUGCCGACUUCGUUCCAGCUUGGCCCCGCACGAACCCUGUCAUGUCCGUCGCCAGGUUUCGGAUGCUUCACGCUGCUCGACGGCACCGACCUGAACGCCCCUCCUUCCUCCCCCCUGGCUACCUCCGGCCUGCUCAACCUCAACCCCACCGCCCCCACCACCUCAAGGGAGGUCUACGUCCUGCCGCGAUCCUGGCAGGCAGAUCCCAGACGUAACGCAUCCGUCACGGAUGACCUGUCCCUGCGGCUCUUCGGUCAGGGUACGGCAGUGACCGUAUCCGCGUUCAAGGUGUCGUACGAGCUGUAAUGGACGACCAGGGUGUAUUCAAGUUACGGCCUGCUGAAUGUUCGUGAGAACCUGAAUAAUGCGAGCCUGCGUUUUUAUCCAACGGUACCAGGAUUUACGGUGUGCAGACCUGUUGACGGCGGGCGAUUACGAGCUGCUGCUGGUGCAUUCGCCUGUUCGGGGUUUAUUUUUUAUCUCAUGGGCACACACCAUGAAGGCGUGUUGUUGCCCUGUGUGUGUUUGCAAGGUCCGUAUGGCGGACUGGGGCUUCGUAUAUAUUGGUAAUAUUGUCCGUAAAAAGCUCGUACAAAUUAGUGGAAAAGGUUGUAGUGAUUCGGAAAACUUCGUAAGGCUUCUCCGUGUUGGGGCAUGAACGUGAUUCCCCGGAUUAGGCCAUGUGCCGUUCACAGGCGCCUUGGUGUUAUGCGUUGCUCCGUUAUGGCGUUGAUUCGAGUCUUAGUUUAAACGACACGCGCGAAGGGAGAAUGAAAACAGGAAUGAAUAGCCGGCUGUGAUCUUGUGUACUACUUUGCAGGUUGGUUGGCAUUAUUUUUCUCCCUACAGGCCGCCUAGACGUUAUAUGCAUUUAUGCGCUGCUCAUCGCGAUAUGUCAUGUAGAGCGAUAUGUCAUUUUAGACAAGUCGAAGUGUAAUAAGCAUUUCCAGGCCAGUGAUGCUUGGGUUAGAACAAUCAACCGGACAUCACCUGAUGUGUCGCUGAGCAUCACGACAGCUCCCACAGCCGCUUCCACAAUAGCACUCGCCAGCCACAGGAUAUAUUCCCCAAGAACACACCACCAUGCUAUCGAUCAGCCAUGAAGAGUAUAAACUACCUUACCUACAACGACGCACGUGCACGUGCACCAGGCGCACCAGGCCGGCCGCUCUUACAAUUGCAUCUAUGCCGUUGCAGCAAGUGUUUCCUUAAAGUUGCCCCUUCCUCAACAACGCGUUCGCCAGUGCCGUGCGCACUCUUUCCACCCGUCCGGCCAUUUCCUUCCCAUGACGCCCCUAAAAGACUGCGCUCCCACCCUGCGGCUACUGACUGCCGCAGGGCGUCCCAGGUACUUAAUCGUGGUCGUGGUGGUGGUGAUGGUGGGUUUCGUUCCUAGCAAGCUAGCGUGGAAAAGGGCACGGACCGUCACAAACAGCACCACGUGGCGAGCCCAGUGCCCAGCCAGUUGCGAAAACUGCAACGGAAAGCACAAUAGCUGCCGUGCAAUUGACUGCAGCUGCUGUUGCGACCGGCUGGAAAACGGUGGCACUCCACCCCGACUGACAUCCCCG